GACACUGUAUGCAUUGCAAUAACAAUAAUACUUAUACUUAUAGUAAGGAAAAACAAAUCGAUACUUUUGACAGCCCUACGACCAUGUCCCGUCCCUGGUUCUAACCCGUUCUCUGUUUCUUCUUCUCUUCAGCUCCAGGAGACCGUCAAGAGGAAACUGGACAGCGCCCGGUCGCCUCUCAACGGAGACCAGAACGGCAUCUGUGACGGCGGCAGCUACUCUCCGACCACCAAGCGGGUCCGGAAGGAGGGCUCCGGUGGUCUGGACUCUCUAACGGGACUCCCCAACAACAACAACGUCCCGCCCAUCUCUCCGCUGCACCACCAGAUGGACAUUAAGCCCUUACUGGGCGGGCCCAACACCUCCAGCGGCAACAACACUACAAACAGCAACGGCAACCACGUGGGCCAGGCGGCAGACGAGCUGGGCAAGAACGGCGGCAACCACCUGCCGGACAUGAAGCUGAACGGCUCUCUGGACCUGGAGGACAGCUUCGGCCUCCUCAAAGACCUGAAGCAGGAGCCGCUGGACGACGGGGGCGGGAUGGAGUCCUCGGACCCCCAGUCGCUGUCCAACCAGAACAAACUGUUCUCCGACAUCAACCUCAACGACCAGGAGUGGCAGGAGCUGAUCGAUGAGCUGGCCAACACCGUGCCCGAGGACGACAUGCACGACCUCUUCAACGAAGACUUCGAGGACAAGAAGGAGCCCGAGUUCGGCAGGCCGGCAAACAAUCAGACGCCCGGACCCCAAGAACCAGGCGGCAACACGACGGCUCCGCCAGCAGCAGCCCUGCCGCCUCCUCAGCCUCCACAGGGAGGCCCCCAGGUCCCCAUGGGCUCCCCACAGGUCCGACCGUCUUCGUCGGGCCCCCAGUUCGCCACCACGGCCAAUGGGACGCCUCCUCAGCAACCGUUGCAGCAGUCUCCGGCCGUUGCCAUGGCGUCAGGGUCCCCGUUGCACAACUGCGUGGCUCGUUCCCCUCAGACCCCGACCCAGGCCCAGACACAAGCAGUCUCUCGGCCUGGGAACGGGUACAUGAUGAACCCGGGCCCAGGGGUCAGCCAGGCGGGGGGCACGGGGCCCGGAGCGGCCGGAGUGGUGGCCCCUGGAGGUCAACCUGUGGGGCCGGUGACGCCGGAACUUUCUCCAGCCGAGCAGCUAAAAGCGAUGGCUCAGCAACGAGCUAAGUUGCUGCAGCAGAAGCAGCAGCAGCAGCAACAAGCAGCCAACUGGUCCCCUGCAGGGGCCCCGACCAGCCCCUACAACUCUGGGCCCUUUAACCAAGACAAACCCAACAGCCCCAUGAUGUACCCACCGCAAGCCUUUAACACGCCACAGGGCCCUCUAGUGGCCGGGAUGGCCCCCAACAACGGGCCCAAAGCCCCCAUGAACAACUACCUCCCUCACAACCACAUGGGCAUGAUGGGCCAGAACCAGAACCAGAACCCCCUGUCCAACCAGAACCCCCUGUCCAACCAGAACCCUCUGUCCAAUCAGAACCCCCUGACCAAACAGCAGCAGCAGCAGCAGACGGCGGCCAUGUUGUCCUACAACAACACCAAACCGCUGAGUCACUUCAGCGGCAGCGGCGUCGACCACAUCGGCCAGAGGAUGACGCCCCCCAUGGGGGGCAACAAUCAGGUCAAGAACCCCAUGAUGCCUCCCUACAUGGGGGGCGGGGGCGGCGGGGGGCAGGGCGCCGGGCCGGGGCAGACCCAGGGGCCCAUCCCCGGACAGACGGCCCACCUGAGCGAGGAGCAGAAGAGGAUGUUGCUGAUGAAGCAGAAGGUGUUGAACCAGAACAUGCCGUACAGCGCCAUGCAGCCCCACGGACAGGUAAGGGAACUGUUCACCUGUUUUACCUGUUACUGGGACGGACUGGGCCGAGGCUUCGGACCCAGGAAGUCUUUUAUGAAGCGAGUAUCGAGGCUGGUUUCUUUGAGGGCGAGUGGCGCCAUUGAUGACGUUUGAAGCCUCUCUGGUUCAGGGAAUAGUUCCAGUGUUGGCGUGAUUAUAAACAAUAUAGACUAGAGGCCAAAAGUUUGGAAACGAGGCCAAUACAGGCCAAAUGUUGGGAAGAUAGUUAAAUUUUCUGUUCACAAUGGCUUUCUGAAAAAACUGUCUGGAUUCUUUGGAUUUUUGGAUGUUUACUACAUGAUCAGACUUUACUUUUUACAUUUAUGGGGCGGCUGUGGCUCCAUUGGUAGAGCGUUCGUCCAGUGAUUGGAGGGUUGGUGGUUCGAUCCCUGACCAUGGCAGCCUACAUGUUGAAGAAUCCUUGAGCAAGAUACUGAACCCCAAAUUGCUCCUGAUGCUGUGAAUGAAUUCCCAAUGGUGGCAGGUGGCACCAGUGUGCCCUGGUAGCCCCUAACACCAGUAUGAAUGUGUGUGUGAAUGGGUGAAUGAGCGUAGUGUAAAGUGAUUUGGAUAAAAGCGCUUUAUAAGUGCUUUAGGCUGCAACAGGUAGCCAGUGGAGCUCAAUGAGCAGUGGUGGGACAUGAACUAGGAACUAUUCCAUUAUCACCUAGCACUAGUGAUGGGACCGAGUGUGCCGAGGCUUCGGAGUGUGUGUCGAGAAGUCUGAGAAGUCUCGUAUCGAGGCUGGUUUCUUUGAGGGCGAGUGACGCCAUUGAUAAUGUUUGAAGCCUCUCUGGUUCAGGAAAUAGUUCCAGUGUUGGCGUGAUUAUAAACAAUGUACAAUACAGGCCAAAUGUUGGGAAGAUACUUACAUUUUCUGUUCACAAUGGCUCUCUGAAAAACCUACAUGAUCAGACUUUACUUUCAUUGAAUAUAACCAUUUUCCCCCAUUGAUCUUUAUUGAUGUUUGACAUUGAUGUUACCAGAUUCACAACUUUAGGCUCAGUUGGUAGAGCGUUCUUCUAGUAACCGGAAGGUUGGUGGUUCGAUCCCCGACCAUGGCAGUCUACAUGUCCAAGUAUCCUUGAGCGAGAUACCGAAAUUGCUCCCGAUGCUGCGUUCAUCGGUGUGUGAAUGAAUUCCCAAUGGUGGCAGGUGGCCUAACCCUAACCCUAACUGUAGCUAACGGCGGCGGAGUUGCUGGAUUUUUCUCCAGUCACUUUUUUGAAAAAUAGUUGCUAAGGGGGUCUGAAAAGUCGCUAAAUUAGUUGGCAACACUGCUUCACCGGCUUUUACAAAUGUUGCGUGUUGUUGUGGCGUCCAGUACUACGUCACAUCCUGCUUAGUGUUCUAUCCAAUCAGCAACCAGGCUGUUUACAGGGAGAAUAAAGACCCUGCUCUACUACAGGGACUAAAAAAGUCCUGACAAAAGUCGGCUCCGGACGGCUCGUAUUCAGAUUAGGAGCGUUUUGGCGAGCCUCAUUCCGGGUAUCGCCCGGUAGUAGAACCAGCCCUAAUUCAAGAUCAUUAACCAGUUGACCAGGACAGACGACAGGAAAUGGAUUGCUGUUUUUAAUAAAAACCUUCCAGAGGUGCAGCCAGAGAAGGUAAAAUGGCGGUAGUUUCCCCAGCAACAAGCCACAGCUGGGAAUAGGCAAUAGGAAAAUGGCCUGUCGACAGUGUAUUGAUGCCUCUGCAACACUAGCAGCACUGAUAGCCCCCCCCCCUCCUCCCCCACACACACUCACACACCACGCCAAACACCAAAGCUAAACGGCUCCUUAGCUCAUAUCCCCAAUCUGUCACAGCUGACUGAUGGCUCAGAUUGCAGCGCUAAGCCAAGCUAGCUGCUGUCAUUACCCAGAGCCACCUCGGGCCGUUUGUUUCCUCAGCAGGAACCCACCGGUCCAGCCAGGUGACCUUAAUAAUCCAGCGGACGGUAGAGGAGCGUAGGAGGACUCUACCUUCACAAUAAAACAGCUACAGGACAGAAACACACACUCAUUAUCUCAUUGUCUCACUGGCGUCAAUACAAAGUGUGUGUGUUGAUGAUUCACUCGUCAAUGUUCUCCCUUUAUCUCUCUCUCUGCCUCCCUUGUCUUCAUGAUAUGGCUACAGUCAGUCACCUCCUCCUCCUCCUCCUCCUCCUCCUCCUGGUGAUCUCUGCGUCUCCUGUCCUGCUCCUCCUCCUCCUCCUCCUUCCUCCCUCUCUUUCUCCCCCUGCCAGAGACACUCAGCACCAAUAAAGGAGCAGAUUUAUUAAUAUGGGGCCUUUGUGGCUGCUGCCUGAAGGGCUCUGUGUGUGUGUGUGUGUGUGUGUGUGUGUGUGUGUGUGUGUGUGUGAGUGUGUGUGUGUGUGUGAGUCCAUGCACAUGUAUGUAUGUUUGUGUGCGUCUCAUAGAUUUGGGGAGGGGGUGGAGAGAUUUAUUUGAGUGAGCAGAGGAGAAUUGGAGACGGGGAGAGAGAGGGAUGUGCAGAAAAGAGAAAGAAAGAAGGACUUAAAGGAGAAUGCAGAAAGAGAUUUAUUAUGGAGUGAGGAUGGAGCAUAUUAAAAAGAAAGUCAAGAGCCUGGAAAGAGAGAAAUAAGUGAGCAAUGCAGACUGUGUGAGUGUCUGAAAUGCAAAAUAUUCAUGGUUCUGUGUGCAUCUGGCUCCAGUGUAAUGGAGACUUUUAUUUAUUUAUUUAUUUAUUUAUUUAUUUAUGUGCAAGUUGGUGCAGAUUAGCUGGAGAACAUUUACAGGAUGUGGACAACAAGUGUUGACAUUUAAAGGGGAAAUAUACUCCAAUUUUACACAUCGAUAGAUUCAAGAUUCAAGAGUUUGUAUCGUCAUUAUACAAGAGAACGAAAUGUCCUUCAGACUCACAAUAAGUUAAAAACGACACUGUAAAAAAACAAAAACCUGUUGUUUUUAGGGUAAAAACCAGCAGCUGUGGUUGCCAGAACUUUACCGUAAUAAAUACGGUGCAACUUUUUCUAAUAUUAUGGUAAAAUGAUAUUAAAACUGUUGAUUUCACGUUUAAGAUUGACAUUUUAUUCCAUAUUUUACCGUAUAAAUAAAACGUUUUUCCAUCAAAAGAAACGCUGUUCUGCCAUAAAAUUGAAACACAUUUUUUUUAUAAAUGCUGCAUAAAUUAAAGAUGUUACUAUUAAAUAUGACAGUAUAUUUCUGUUAGAGAUAUGGUGUUUAGUACAUUUAACAGUGAGAAAAAUAUUUUUUUUUUACAAAAGAUAAAUGCAAAAAUUACAGUGAUGGCUUUAACAUUAAAACUUUAUCUCAGAAUAUCAGUUGCUUUCACUUAAAUUUGCAUCUAAAAUCUCAGAAAAUAUUAAUUUUUUUACUCGUUAAUUUACCGGUUUUAACCUCAAAGAAUAUCUGAUUUAUUUUUUUCAGAAAUUUGAGUUUUUGUCUUUUGCCACUUUCAUCUUUAUUCAUGAUAUUCCAGUUUGUUUAUAUAUUACAGUAUAUUUUUGUAACAAACACGGUGCCAGAGUAUUUUACAGUGGAGUAAUGUGUUUAAAAAAAACAACAAAAAAACUGUAUAACUGUAUGGAAGGUCCCUUUAAUUACUUUUUUUGGGGUCAUUUUGUGUC